AGAAAAUACUCCGAGCAAAGCUUCCUUAUUCAGCAUAGUCGAACCUGGAUCUGCGCUCCGUCGCGGCUACGCCUUGCCGCCGCUAACUCUGCCAGAGUCUGCGCACCAUCGCGGCUACGGCUUGCCACCACUAACUUCGCCGUCAACCUAACUGCCAAUCCAACUUCUACAGAUGCUUCUGUCAACUCUAGACGGGAACAAAGUGGAUCCAGAUUGGCAGACUUGGGAGUGAACUCCAGCUUCAAUAACAUUGAAGUUCUAGAUGAGAGAAUGGAAGCGAUUCUUAUAGCUAACCAUUCCGCGGGAGUGUUCGGUGAUGCAUCUGAAAGUACAGGCCAAGAAUUAAGAGAUGGGUAUCAAAAUGCCCAGAGUCAGGACCGUGUGGGAAUUACUGAUACAAUUGAGUCUUCUUCACAAUGUCAAAGAGUGUCACCCACUGGGCAUAUCUUUACUGAUUCUAUCAUAGAGCAAAAGGAUCUGCCAUUUGAAAAUUGCGGGUUGAAUUCCAACAGUAUAAUGGCAUUGCCAUCUGAAAACAAGGACACCACUUCUCAGAUAGAUCAUUCAGCAGAAUCACCAAGAGAUGUGUUUGAGGAUCUCGUUUUAGAACAGACACAAGAAACUCCAAAGUCUACAGUUGAAAAUCCUAGCCAUCCAUUGGAUCAUAGAAGUAAAAUUAAUGGAAACAUAGAUGAAAUAAUGGCGGUAGAAUCUAUCUGUAAAGAGGAUUUGCUUCUCUGUGGCGAUGCUUCUGUCAACUCUAGCCUGGAGCAAAAUGGAUCCAGACUGGAAGGCUUGAGAGUGAACUCCAGCUUUAAUAAAUUUGAAGUUCUAGAUGAAAGAGGGGAAGCGAUUCCUAUAGCUAAUUCGGUGGUAGUACUGGGUGUUGCAUCUGAAAGUACAGGUCAAGAAUUAAGAGAAAUGUAUAGAGAUUCAAAUGUAAAUCCUAGUCAGUUAGAAUGUGGAGAUGAAAGCCAUUCUGGGCAAUCACGGAAAAAGAUAUCUUCUUUGAGAUCACUAGUAACCAGUACUAGAGUAUUGCGCUCAAGAACACAAGAAAAGACUAAAUCUCCAGAAACAACAAAUGUUUCAGCAGCUGAUAAUUCCAACAAAGAAAAGAAAAGAAAAAGGGGGAAAAGAAAGCAAAGGAAACAGAUUGCUGCAAAUGAAUUAUUGGGGAUAAAAUCCCAUCUAAAAUAUUUGGUCAGGCGAAUACAAUAUGAACAAAGCUUAAUUGAUGCUUACUCCGGUGAAGGCUGGAAAGGUCAAAGCUUAGAAAAAAUAAAGCCUGAGAAGGAGCUUCAACGUGCAAAAUCUGGGAUUUUUCAUUACAAGCUGAAAGUAAGAGAAUUAUUUUCACGCAUAGAUGCAUCACUUUUUGAGGGGCAGUUCCCAGAAUCAUUGUUUGACUCAGAGGGGCAGAUUGAUAGUGAAGAUAUAUUCUGUGCGAAGUGUAGCUCUAAGAAUGUGUCAGCUAGUAAUGAUAUUAUCCUCUGCGACGGUGCUUGUGAGCGUGGUUUUCACCAGAAUGAUUCUUCUGACACAUCUUUUGAAUUGGAGACCCCUAAUGAUGAACUACUCCUUGGGCUUCCAUCUGAAGAUUCAGAAGAUGAUGAUUAUGAUCCUGAUUCCCAUGAACACAAUGAACAGAUCAUGCAAUAUAGUUCAUCUUCUGAUUUUACUUCUGACUCUGAGGAUUUCAGUGUAGAGUUUAAAAAUAUCAUGUCGCCUGGGCAAGAAGAUCAUUAUGAAAAAGUAGAAGUAGGUGGUGGGCCCCAUUCCUUGAAGGGUGAAGUUGAAUUUCUUAUGCAGUCCUAUGAAACACUUGCAUCUGGAAAAAGGCAUAUUGAGAGGUUGGAUUACAAAAAGUUACAUGAUGAAACGUUUGGAGUUGCAUCCUCUGACUCUAGCGACGAAGAUUAUGAGGAUAAUUCAGCUUCCAAAAACAGAAAGAAAAGAAGUGACAAAGCUGCUCUGAAGUCAUCUGAUCAAAGUCCAGUAGAUACUACUGUCAAGAAUGCUUCUAGAACGUCUAGCAAGAAGCGGAAGGCUGAUAGCUUGGUGGAAUCUGAAUCUGGUUUAAGUAGUAAAAGAAACACAAGAUUAAAGUAUGGAGAUGAUGUAAUUAAGAGGCUCUAUGAAUCCUUCAAGGAAAAUCACUAUCCAAAACGAGAAGUCAAGGAAAGCUUGGCUAAAGAAUUGGGACUGGCAGUCCAGCAGGUUAACAAAUGGUUUAAUAAUACACGUUGGAGUUUUAACCAUCUGUCACCACAAACCAAAAAUGUCAUGCCUGCUGUUGAAGAACAUGCCAAUGUAGAUACCAAAGAGUUGCCAUUGUCAACUCUAGAGACUGGUGAAGUAAAACAUAUUACUACUCCAGAAUCCAAACCUAGUGUCAAUGCUGAUCAUCAGGCAUCUCAGAAGCCAAAGGAGAACAAACCCCAAGUUGAUAAGAAGAAAAGCUCUCUGCCAGUGCGAAGAAGAAACAGAUUAAAAGCUUAAAACAGAUAUUGAUGUGCAGUGUGUUAUCAAUCUUUGACAAGAAACUUUAUACCCAACUCAAAAUCCAUAAUAUAUUGUAGUACCAGGAAACCUAUUCUGAAUAAUACUUUCAAUUCCUCCACUGUUUUAUCAGCUGAAAUGAUGUGUACUAUGCAAUACAGAGGGUUGGUUUUG